UCGUUCAUGCUACAUUUUAACGUAACUAAAUUAAUUUUAUAAGCCAUUAAUUUUAAUUUAAUUUAAUAAUAAAAAAAAUAAAUGUCAAUUUAUUCAACUCUGCUCGGAACGAUUCCGUGGGUGCACCUGCGCCUACGGUGUCGUACGGUGGCGCCAUUUUCACGGCAUAGCGGCAAAUAUGCGAAGCGGUCGAAAGGGCAAACACGCUCGUUAUUCCCGCUGCCUCUCGCGCGCGCGUGCGCGCCACCGGUCAGAGGCGCACGAAAGGCACACCGGCGGCGACGGUAGUGGGAAGGAGACGGCACGAUGGGCGCCGACACCGACGUAACGAGGAUCGAACAUGGCGGUCGGUUGGUCGAGGAAGAGUCGCGGGUGGAAGGGAAACGAACGAACGAGCGACGUGGACGGACGACGCGGGUUAGACGAGGACGACGACACUACGGCGGUAGGAGGGCAGAGCUACGUUCCUCGCGGUGAAUACUGUGUGAAAAGGUAGUGGAAGGGGGACGGAAAGAGAUGAAGCCCGAGCGGGAGAGAGAAGGAGCGAGAGAGGAGCGAGAGGAAGAGAGAUAUUGCCAGGCCGCAUGAACGUCCCCAGUGGCACGCUCGCAGGACGCACACUUGGCAUGCACGUAGCUGUGACGCGAGGUGGUAGUAUCGUCGGAAACGAGAAAAUCCGUCCGUGGCGUGCGAACGUAACGAGAAAUCUGGUGUAACAACGUGCGCAGAGAACGAGGAGUUAUUCCCGGAGACUGUUUGUCGCAAGGGUACGAAGAGAAGUAAAGAGACAGACCCUCGUCUCUCUCUCUCACCGGCCAAGACUCGACAUCGGACGGGAGAUCGGACACAAUCAACGGGGACAGUCGACGAUACCGUCUUCAUCGCUGUCGUCAGUGCGUCGCUGGUACGAAGUCAAACGGGAACGCGGGAGCGUACGAGAGUGACAAGAGAGAGAAAAACGGUAAAGGAGAGACACAUACACAUAUACACACACACGGAUCGUCUUCUUACUCGCGUCGAGAGCGAGGGCAGCGUCGAGUUCCCACAUUCCUAGCUGCGUGCGAAAAACGUCGAGAUCCGCUGCGCGGCAUUAGCAUUACAGCCGCGCGGCUAAUGCAACGAGGAAAAGGGAACACGGUGAAACGUGCUUCGCUGCUGCCGCCGCUGCCGCCACACGGAGCCGGCGAUAGCGCGCGUCACUCGAAACGGGUCGCGGGUCGUUCCGCCUCCGCCACCGUCGUCGCCGUCGCCGCAGUCGCGGGAGGCCCGACGUCGUCGCUGUAGCGUUCGUCAAGGAGCAGCGCGCACAACGUGAAACCCAGGUCAAUCGGACGAUUGUACUUUGAUUACUGACACCCGGCGUAUCGUGUGUAUGUAGUGCGCCAGUUCGUGACUCGUGCGCGUGGCACAGCGGCAGCCUUGAAGGUGACACCUCGGAAGAGGAGGAUGGUGCUCCGCUACUACCGUCCACUGGGGUGAGAACGGAUAACACAAGUGCACGGGAAAAUCUCCGAGAGGUGUGUUGUUUUGUUUGUUUUAUUUUACUUUUCGUGUCUCCUUGUUCUGUCAUUGUGCUUCGAGGAAAAAGAGCGGGAAGAUCGUUGCGGUGUCGUACGCGUAAACGCAGCAUUCCAGAAUCAGCGGGGGGUGGGGGGCGGGUGGGGGAUCUUGUGCGCGAGUGUGUCGAGAACGAGAGGAGAUAAAUAAAUGAUAAAUAAAUGGGUGAUUGGUGAUACAACGAUGAUGGUGGUGAUAAUACGCGAAGUGCAGUCGAUCGAUGCACCCGUGCGAGCGCAAACCCGUCACGACAACACCGUCUCCGUCGUUGUCGCUCGCCGCCUCGGGCUGCUCCUCGACGGCUGGCCGUGUUAACGGUGGAAUUCCGCUCGAGAGGAAUCUGAAGGCGGGGACUCUGACGUCACUCCGCUCAUGAUAAUGAGGUAUUCAUGAUGGCGGAGUAGUGCGCACGAACCAGAAAGACAGAAAGGAAAAAGGGGAAAGAGAGAGAGAGAGAGAGAGAGAGAGAAACGUGCGCGUACACAUAUGCGAGUGUACGUUCCUGGUCUCGCUGUUCCUUCUGUGCCCGCGUGUGUGUACAAUACGUUUUAUCGCCAUCCUCGUCUCCCCGGAACCACCGCCGUCGUUCGCCGUCUCGCUCGAUCCCCCUCCCCCCUUCCCCCGUCCACCUGCCCUUCUACGGCCGGGUCGCCCGUCCUCUUGGUCUUUCGUUCCUUCUCUCUCCUUCCCUCCCUCCUUCUCCUCCUCCUCGACCACCACCACCACCACUACCGCCACCAUCCCUCCAUCCAUCCCUCGCGCCGUCUACCUGUCUCAUUCUCUCCCGUUCUCUCGUGUCGCGGCCGUCGUACGAGCGUGCCGUAUAUGCGGCCGAAGAAGCGUGCGUCCGCGCGCACAGAUAUGCGCCCGUCGACCGCACGACGAUAGAGAGAUUUUGGAUGGAUUUAGAGCGCAGUGAAAUAUGCCAAGGAGACGGAAUGGGGAGAUACCGCUUCCGGAAGGGUGGGACGUCGCCCAGGACUUCGACGGGAAGGUCUACUUCAUCGAUCACAAUACACGAAAGACUACGUGGAUCGAUCCCCGUGAUAGGUUUACUAAACCCCAAACAUUCGCGGAUUGUAUCGGGAACGAGCUUCCCCUCGGCUGGGAGGAGGCCUACGAUAAACACGUGGGCGCAUACUACAUCAAUCAUGUCAAUCAGACAACUCAACUGGAAGACCCAAGGCAAGAAUGGCGAGCCAUUCAAGAGGCCAUGCUUCGCGAGUAUAUGCAGACUGCACAUGACGUACUCGAGGCGAAGAAGGAGAUCUACGACGUAAAACAUCAGAGGCUCUGCCUGGCUCAGGAUGAGUACAAUCACCUCAAUAACGCGUUGACCACCCUUGGCGCAUCGCGUACAAGUUUGUGUUCCAGCUCGAGUUCCUUGAGUACCAAAUAUGACCCUGACCUGCUUAAAUCGGACGUGGCACUCGCAAGGAGCCGAGUUUCUCGACUAAAACGAGAACUCGAACAGAUUCGAGCGGAGAUGAAUUGCACGCAACGAGGAGUAGAUACUCUCGCCAGUGUGGAACAAAAAUUGAGUAGCCAUCACGGUGGAUGCUAUAAUAUCAUGGAGGCACAAGCGAUCAUGACGGAGCUCCGCAACAUCCAAAAGUCCUUGAGCUCGGGCGAGAAAGAGAAGGCCGAAUUGAUGCAAUCGCUCGCACAAUUAAAGGAUGAACUGACAAGGUUGCAACUAUGCGAGGGCAGUCCGGAAGCUAGCACGCUCAGCCUGCCGCAGGAGAAGCUGAGUACGGCCUCUCAAACCGAUCUCUCGGGCGAGCUGGUACCGAUCGGUACCCGGCUAGCUGAGAUGGCGCGUAUGAGACUGCAAUACGAUGAGGCGAGAAAACAGAUUCAGCAUAUACAACAGCAGUUGGCAGAUCUCGAGGAGAAGGUGACGCCAGGUCAAACCGAGAGCGACAAGGACAAGCUGUUACUGUUCCAGGAAAAGGAACAGUUGUUGAGAGAAUUGCGUAGCAUCACGCCGCGCACGAGGACGCAACAGGAUAUGAAGAAGAUUCAGUUGGAGAUUCGCAGGCUUGAACAGGAUCUGAAUACUGCGUUCGAGCUUUCGAACAAGACCAUCACCGAUCGCGUGCGGCUUCACGAAGAGAAGCAAUUGUUACUGCAGCAACUCAGAAACGCACUACGCUCAAUGGCGAUGUUGGAAGGUCAGUUGAAGACUUUGAGCGCUAGUACGUUGUCAGUGAGCAGCAGUUCCAGUCUUGGUAGCCUCAGUACGACGAGCAGUAAGGGCUCCCUCAGUUCUGGACUUAGUUUCACGGACAUAUACGGCGGUCCACAGUGUCUGGGAUCGGCCGGUUCGCAGCAGGAACGACCGGUUGACAUGGUUGACCUUCACAGACGUGUCGAGAGAUUGUUGCGCGGUUCCGAACAAAGCAAUCUCGUUGGCACACCUUCGCCCGGUAGAUCUCAGCCCAGUCUUUCCCCAAGAUCGAGCCUGUCCAGUGUAAGUCCACCGGUAUCGCCAUUGUACGAAAAUGCGCCGAUGGGUCCACCGCCCGCCUAUGAGCAAGUAGAACAGCAGAGGAGACAGCAUCAGAGAGCGGCACCUGCAAUGGUGGUAACAACGGCGACGACGAUAGCGAGUAGCGGUGCCAUCGCGCCUCACUUGGACGGGAAUCAAUUAGAGGACCGUUUGUCAGAGUUCAGGCUCAGUCAGCAGCAAGGUGUAACGUCACAGCAAGAGCAGUCUUGCUCCGUCAAUUCGCAGGAUCGUCUGAAACUUGUGGUCGGUCCACAUCCACCUGUCGAGCUGCAAUCGAGUAACAUGUCCCAGGGCAGCGGCCUAGGCAGGCCCGGCGCGAGUGGCGUUCAACUGCAACUGCAACAAGCAGCACCAUCAUCUCUGUCGCAGGAGCCACCUCCCUUGUCGCCAAUUAGUGAGACGCCACCGCCUACAGGGAUCAGGUCGAGGGCCAGCAGUUCCGGCACCAACACUAGAUCUGUCUCCGCUGCGGUUUCUGAUGAGAGCGUCGCAGGUGACUCGGGUGUCUUCGAAGCGUGCAAUCGGAAAAGAUUGUCCGGACCCAUCUCCGACGUAGACUCGUUAACUUCCGGCGAAAUGAGCUUGGAAACGGCACAGGUGCAGAUCAAACUAAGGUAUUCAGUGAGCGACGGAUUACUUCAUGUUGGCAUCGAACGUGCGAGAAACCUGGCCGCGCUUUUCAUACCCGAUAACGCGCAAGUGUACAUCAAAGCCGCCCUGCUACCGAUGCAACCACCCGUCAACCACACGUGUUGCACGAAGUCCGUCGUGGACUUGCGAAAACCGACUUUCGGCGAGACGUUUCCUAUCGCCGUGCCGCUCAACAAACUGUACACGAAGACGCUUCAAGUGACACUUUGGUGCACCGAGGCUGAAAAAUGUUUGGGUUCUGCGCAAGUCUCGCUGGCAGACUUUAGUCCAGAAUCUCCUAGCGUGAAAUGGUACAAUAUUCUUUCCUUCCGCUUCAUGCAACCAUCCGACAGUUCCGACAUCAAUGGCGCCUCUACGAACAUCAAACUGACGAAGCACGACAAGCAAGAGUCAGAUAUUUCGGUUUAUAGGAGUGUGCAAAAUACGAAGAAGAGAGAGGAAGAGAGUAGUGACGAAAGUACAAUAAUCAGUUCCCAAACAUCCACCUUGACGAGGAAUCAAGGUUGCGACGAGCUGCAGACAGCCGUAACGCUAAGGUUGGAAGAGCUGAAUUGUCUACGUAGUCCGGAAGAAGAGGAUGAGGAUGAUGGCAGUGAAAGCGGGAGCGAGGACAGCGAUGAGGAAGGUAUCAUCGUAGAGUUUACGAUGGACGAUAACAUUCUUGAGGACGUUUUAGAGCAUGAGGAAGAUGAAGAAUUGAACGAAGAAGGGAGACAAACACAGGACAAGGAAACAAACACUGAAUGCGUGUUUAUUCCGGAACAAGGCAAACAGAGGAAACUCUCUGCGGCUGGUGUUGCACCCGGUGCUAUUCAUGACGACAAAAACUCUAUUGUAAUCAAAAGGAGUCAGACGUUUUCGCCUAGUGCAGCCGUUAGCAGAAAUCAUUACAUCUGUCGGCUUAAUCGCAGCGACAGCGACAGUAGUAUGCCGCUUUAUCGUAGAGGUGGACCUUUCCAACGAAACUCGGUGGAGAGACGUUCUCUUCGAUGGCGUCGACCAUCUUCCGCCCUCAGUUACAAAACUACGAAGAAGUCGUCCCAUUUGCCGCCGACAGUGAGGACAUCGUUGGAUCUUGAAUUAGAUUACCAGGCACACAUGGCUAAUUGGUAUAAUCUCCAAGAUGACCUUAAUAGGUUACGGGAUUGGAAGCAACGGAUGGAACAAGCGUACGAGAAACGCGAUGUUGAGACAGUGUCGUGGCUGAUGGAAGACCAGAAAUUUCAAACUCUCAUGGCGCAGGCCGAAAAUAGUAGAAACGGCAAAAGUCUCGAGGAUAAGAAGGUAGAGAAGAUGCUGAAGAAAACUUCAAAAGAGAUCUACAAAUUAAGGAAAACGAAAGCUGGAAAGGGAAAACCCGAUAUAAUUUCUUUCAAAGAAAAGAUGGCCUUCUUUACGCGGGUGAAUUUGAAUGUUCCUGUUCUGCCACCUGAAGAGCUCGGGACUGAAGGCGCGUCUGCGGCAUCGCAUGCGCACAGAAAGUACGCGUCGGAGCCCGUUACCAACGAAUUUAUGAACUCUUCGUCAACGCGGCUAAACAACGCUUCUGGUGGAAGUGCAUCACCCGCCACGAAAAGUAAUGUUGCGGAUCGAAAUGUUACAAAUAUCGCAGUUACAAUUGCCGACGAGGAUGAGAUUGCAUUGUCCAACAUCGACAAUAAAUCUGUGAAUGCUAAAGGUCGACCAGUGACGGAGACAAGCAUGCGAAAUUCAGAGAACGGCGAGAGAGAACCUUUACCGAAGUCUGCUGAGAAGAAUGGCAAUGGAGAGCCGAAGAGGUACGAAUACGUCGUUGAUCGAGUUCUCGGUGUGGAAGUGUGAAGACCGGAAAAUUAAGCGACGGAGUCAACAAUUCCGCGUUCGUAGAUCUGUUCUUCUUUGAAUUUGAGCAGCAUAAAAAAGCAAGAGAAAAAGAGAUAGUAGUCGCGGAGCCGUUGUUUUCCAACUCUAAAUCCCAGGUGCCAUGCGCAGUUUGUAAAACGCGCGCAUCAAAUAGUUUGAAAGGAUAAAACGGAUUGUCAUCGACAAAUUGUGUGCUGCGAAGCUGCUGUAGCCAAUGAUGUAACCGAUGACCAGUGAUCGCGGUGCAUGUGCCAAUGCUGUCAAUGCUCAGAAGCAGCCCUUCGACGGACGUAGCAGCGAGAACUACGCGCGAUUGUGUAUAUACAGAAACGUAAAUUAUUUAAACGAUACUCCCUACGAUACGAUAGGCUAUUUAAUUGUUUAACCCGACCCGAGUCCAUGUCGCGAAGUCGCGACCGCGACACUCUCGUAUGUCGCGUCAUUCGUUCCCUCUGUGCAUCGGAGCACAUGACCCACCGAGCAGCUGGUCUGCAAUUCGAAAGUCUAAUUAAAAAAAGGCUGCGCCUAGGUUGGCUAGCGUAUUUCGCUCCGACUUCGGUAUCGCCGUUUUACAACGUGUUUGGUUUCCUAGUUUUGAAUUCCCGGGUCGCAAAUGAAUCUAACGGAAAGGAAUAUUUGAGUGUCCUUCAUGCGUAUCGAUUAUGACGAUACAAUUAGUAACUUCCAAAUUUAAUAUAGUCUAAUUCUUUGCUAUAUUCACAUCUUCUUUUUAAUAAAAAAGAGAAUAAAUAGUAUAAUAUUAUAAAUUAAAUUUAACAGACUCUCCAAUAUAAAAUUAACAAAAAUACACGGAAACAAUUAAUAGGCUACAAGGGCCAAUCGCAGUUUUGCGAAAUUUUCUAUAAUAAUUUCUUUUUAUCUGAUUAGAUUUUUAUCAAAUAUUUUAUCAAACAAAAUACACAAGUUUUACUCACUAAUUUUCCAUAAUAAUUCAAAUCAGAUGCAACUUUAUUUUUAUUUCUUUAAUCUUAACCACAGAAUUUUCAAAACUGUCAUUGUUUUGAGGAGGGAGGGAGAGGGUUGUAGUAACAGAUUGCCUUAUCUCAACCGUUUUCGGACGAAAAUGGACAUUUAUAAUCAUUGUCCGGAACUCCAGGUUGUAGGACUUUAGGCUGUAGGUGCCAGGGAAUUGGGAAGACAAAGUAAUUAGCAAGAGGUUGUGAUGUCGUUGGCGAUCUAGAUGUAGAACGACAUCAUAAUCUCUAUCUGUCUCGAAUGGUUCAAACACUUCUGUACCAGCAGAUCGUGCAACAAUGUGCCUUAUUGUUGAAUUAGUCGCGCGAGGAAAGCGCCGCGAAUAUAUACAGGGUAUCCGAUACUAGAUAUCGUGAUACAAUUGACGAGGAAGUGAUUUUUCUUGCUUCUGUAUUAAAUAAGUAAAAAAUGAUUUUUCUUAGAUUGCAUAAUUUUCUUAUGUAAUAUAUUUGCUCGUGUUAAUAUCAGCGUGAAAUGAUUAAACUACAAUUAUUUGUAAUAAACCUCGGUAGUUGUAUCACGAUGUGCCGGACAGUAUGCACUGUCUAAUCAUUACGUUGCUCAUCUUAUCACACCGUGGAUACAUAUGGGUAUUCAAAAGCGCGACAACCGAAAAUACUCAUUUCCGCAAAUAAGCGACAAUGUUGUGAUGAUUCGAAUUAAUCACAACUGCUUUUUAAGAUCCAGGAUAAGUGUUUACGAAUUUUAUGUACAAUAUUAAUGAGGUAUAUAUAAAUACUUUUUUUAAGGAUUGAUUAUAUAGACAGCCUAUGUUGCAUUUGUCUUGAUCUAGCUGGUUUUAUAAAUCGAUUUUUUGUCAUAAUUUGAAUUUAAAAAGAAAAGUUCAUAUUCUGAUUAUAUUAAUAGAUGAUAGAGUGCGAAUAAUGCUAAGAAGUGUUUUAAAAUGUGCAAGAUGUGUUACUCUAAAAUAUCGGUAGUAUGAUAUAAAAAAUAUCGCGGAAAAGAGAAAUUUUUCUGGACGUCGCUUUUAAUACUAGAACGAUUAGACGUCUUUGAGAUUUUCUUAAAUGGAAAAAGUUUUGAUAAUUAAAGAUUUCGAUGAAAAUUUUAAUGCACAGUGUAGAUAAGGGAAAUUUUAAUAUAAAGGAAAACAUUUUUAUCGUCGUUCGAAUAUGAAUCUAUAUGAAUUUCUUUUAAAUAAUUUUAAAUUUUUUACAUGAAAUAUAAAAUUUGUAAUUAAAAUAAAUUUCUAUACCUUUUCCUGUUUACCUUCAAAAUUAACCGUUCUAGUGUUAAUACAGAAGAUAAAAAGAUCUUGACUUUUAAUUCAGAUCGAGGAUAGAUUGACAAGAGAUAUCUCCAAGGUAACAAAUGCCAUAUUACGUAUAUGUCAAGAAGUCCAAGAUGUAGAUGUUGGAAGAUAAGAAAGAGGAGGGUGAUAACGAAAAAAAAACGAGAAUUAUUUGUACAUAUUUUUGUAUAUACGCAUCUUAACGAUUAUAUCUAUACGUCUAUAAAUAUAAAUAUAUGUAUAUAUAUAUAUAUGUGUAUGUAUAUAUAUACACACAAAAGUUUGCAAUAUAGAUGCAAACGUAUUCCGCGUUAUUUAAAAAUAUAUUUUUAUCGAUUUACGAAACGUAUGUACGUUCGAUUUUAUAGAGCGUCUCCUACAAAAUCACAGAACAAUGACGAAAUUAAACAACGAAAAAUAUAAUUUUCUUUCAACUGCUAAAUUUAUUACGCUCAUGUAUUUAAAAUUAAAGUUAUACAUUAUUAUAUAUAUUAUUUACUACCACGUAGCGCCUUAUUGUAUCAAAGUAAUUAUAGUGAUAAUAUCAAUAACGAUGACGUUAAUGGUAUCGUUAAGGAAUGCUAAAUAGACGAUAAACAUAAUUUCAUAAAAGAGAACAUAUACACACACGCAAUUCGCACACAUACAUUAUUACAUGAGACACACAGACUCGCAGGAAGAAUCACAAUCAUAGUUUGAUUUGUAAGUAAUGGUUCGUAUGGUAAUGAUUAAAAGGACAAAAUACAGUAUACUCUUGCCACGAU